UUUGCUUCCAACUGACAACUCACACAUAGCGGUCGUUUUUAGCUCUAGGUAGUUUAUUUGCAUGUAAGUUAAAGUUAGAUAUAAUAAUGUAAUGCCUGGGUUGAGUGGACUGAAGACACAGAUAAGGGGAAGCACAGCAUCAUCCCUGUAACCAACAUCAGGGGAUUCGAUUUGGAUAAAUGGAUGGAUGGACUUAUUUCUCAAGAAGAAAUAACGUUAUUUGCUGUUGAGUGGCAGGAGGGCAAAACCGCUCCUAAAGGUGGAUGGCCAGUCUCAGGCAGUCGUGAAAAAAAAUGCAGAACGCCAUGCUACUUUGGAACGAAUGGUCCGGGAAGUUGUUGAGCCACAAAAGUUGGCACCCAAGAGGGCAGCGAAACCGAUCUCCCGAUAUGCCUCAGAAGAAGAUGAGGAUGCGCCACAGAAGAAAAAGUUAAUUACAUGUAAUCAUCAUUUUGCAUGUAACACACUUUUUACACUUGAACACAAGGUUAUAGUGGAGUUAUUUUGAAGACAUGGCUAUACACUGUAGUUCUCUGGUCUGGUCUGGGAAGGACCACCCCACAAAUGUAAGAAAAAACUUUUUACAACAUUACAUCAGCUAUAUCAGUGGUUAUCAAACUUUUUCUGUCAUUCCCCACUUUGGAGGUGGUCAAACUUGAUUUUGAUAGAGUAUUCUUUUGAAACUAAUCUGGACUACUUUUUAAUCCCAAAAGACCAACAUUUAUGCAGAUUUUUGCAGGCACAGGACAUACCUGAGUCAGAUAAGUCAGCAACGUGUUUUUAGAUUAAUGUUAUUUAAUGGCAAUGGUUCUUUUACGAUUCAUUUUGGAUUAAUUGAUGUCCAUACAUAUUAAGUAAAUUAUUAAGCUAUUGUUAACCACAACUCCUUGCUGCCUUAGUAUUAAUGUUGAUACUGAAAUUAAGGGUUAGUCCUGCAUUUCUUUUAUGUCCACAGAGAGGAAAUUAUUAUAUACCUAAUUUAUAAUCAGCCAGCCUUCUGAGCCAACACAAGUAAGUUGUAGUUUGUAGAAUUCCACAACUUCACUCAUUGGGCACUUUAUGCACACCCAGCGAAAACUAAUUGUAAUACACCACUCCUGCAUAAACCUUAGCUUCAGGAAUGAUAGAAUAUUCAGUAUUUGUUAAAAACUAGUUUAAAAAGAUGUUGAUUCAACUGUGUGGUAAUUUAGGAUGCUUUAGUUUGUGGUGCUGUUGGAUUGUACUGGGGCAAUUCCGCGCAAAACUGUCAUCAUACACAUAAUACCAACACAAUGCCAUGGUAUUUAGUUGCCGUUAUAGAUGUGACAGUUUUGUGUUUGGAAUUGCCCACUGACACAUUUAUAUUACUUUGACCACCCCAUUUCAGUCAAUGAAAGGGAUAUAUUGCAGGACUGGUGUAUUACACGGCAUUUAUUUUUGCUAGGUGUACCUUAUAAAGUGGCUGGUAAGUGUACAUACACAAAACAAUAUGCAUAUAAUAAUAAUGCAGCAAAAAAUCACUCAGAUGGCGUACUUCUGUCAGUACACUUUCAUGCCGUGCACUGUGUGCUUGCUUGUAAAGUGUGUGAAUUUCAACAUAAUAGUGUCGUCUCAUAUUGAACACCAACUAAGUGCACUCAGUGGAAAAUCCAGAAGGGAUGAGACUGACCAGCAGCGGGAAGCACUGAGAUGCCAAUUGAUUUACUUAACAUUCAGUCAGGUGGUGAUAAUGUUACAAUGUGAAAUGUAAUGUAAACACAUUUACACAACGCCAGUUUAUUAGAUAUACUGUAUCUAGGAAACAAAUGCAGUUGCUAACUAUGCUUUUGGGAAAUGCUGAUCACAUCUAAUAGCUAAACCUAAACAAAGUGUCUAUCCUUCUACCCCCAGACGCAGUGUUGAAGAAGUUUCCACAGGCCACCAAGGGACAACUGGGGACAGCUGUCAACUCAAACAUAGCUGAACUCAAAUUUAAAAUGAAAUAAAUAAAAAUGUAAAAAAAAAAAAAUGAAAACAUUUAUUAACUACAAUAUAUUUAUUGGGCCAAUUUCGAAUAUUUGCAUAUAUUCCAAAAUAUAUUUUGAAAAUAUAUUUCAAAUAUAUUUCUUUUGUGUAUGGGGCAUGUCGACACCGUUAUUUACACUGAACUGGCGCAAUAGACUUUCCGUAGAUUUCAGGGGGUGGGGCGAAACACAAAGGCAAAGAGGUCAAGAGGAGGAGAAACCACGUGUGACAGCCAAGUCUGGAACUGUCCUUCCUCUGUGGAGUUGUUAUUGCAAUAUCGUACCACUGACCGUACCCUCUGCAUGUAGCUUGCUAACCACUUUAUCGAGGACAACCGUCAGAUUUCCUUUUCGGCUCAAAGCAACGGACCUCUGUUGCUAAAGUAUACGCCUAGAGAGGCUAGUGACUGCACAAUCAUGGUGAGCAAGACAGAUGACAUCCCGGCGUCAGUUCCAAACUGCAACUCUGUUGAUCCCGCAGAAGGAGACACGCCGGACAGCAAAGAGACUACCAAGACAUCCUUCAAGGAUCCCUGUGGCUGUGCGCACAGUGCCGACACAGCAAUGAUGAACGGCAAUGGGGACCAUGACCACAGCGAAGAGACCGACUCCAAGCAAGAGGGCAGCGGUGCCGACGCAGACCCCGGCGAGGAUGCCAACGAGCAGGAGGUGAUCGUGAUCCAGGACACCGGCUUCACUGUCAAGAUCCAGGCCCCAGGCACUGAGCCAUUUGACCUACAGGUUUCGCCUCAGGAGAUGGUGCAGGAGAUCCACCAGGUCCUCAUGGACCGGGAGGACACCUGCCAUCGUACCUGCUUCUCCUUGCAGCUGGACGGGAACGUGCUGGACAACUUUGCUGAACUCAAGUCCAUCGAGGGACUACAGGAAGGCUCUUUUCUCAAAGUGGUAGAAGAGCCCUACACAGUACGUGAAGCUCGUAUACAUGUACGCCACAUCAGAGACCUGCUGAAGAGCAUGGACCCCUCAGAUGCCUACAACGGGGUGGACUGUAACUCGCUCUCCUUUCUAAGUGUCUUCACAGAUGGGGAUCUGGGAGAUAGUGGAAAGAGAAAGAAGAAAGGCAGCGAACUGGAACAGAUCGACUGCACCCCUCCUGAGCACAUUCUCCCUGGCAGCAAAGAGCGCCCCCUAGUCCCACUCCAGCCACAGAACAAAGACUGGAAGCCACUGCAGUGCCUGAAGGUUCUCACCAUGAGUGGCUGGAAUCCGCCACCAGGCAACAGAAAGAUGCACGGAGACCUGAUGUACCUGUAUAUAGUUACUGCUGAGGAGAGACACGUCAGCAUCACAGCGUCCACCCGUGGAUUCUACCUCAACCAGUCCACCACCUACUCGUUCAACCCUAAGCCAGCCAACCCCAGCUUCCUGAGCCACUCCCUGGUGGAGCUGCUGAGCCAGAUCAGCCCGGCCUUCAAGAAGAACUUCACCGCCCUCCAGAAGAAGAGGGUCCAGAGACAUCCGUUUGAGAGAAUAGCCACGCCUUUCCAGGUGUACAGCUGGACCGCUCCUCAGAUUGACCACGCUAUGGACUGUGUGAGAGCAGAGGAUGCGUACACAUCUCGUUUGGGUUAUGAAGAGCACAUACCUGGUCAGACUCGGGACUGGAACGAGGAGCUUCAGACGACCAGAGAACUGCCCCGCAAGAACCUUCCAGAACGACUGCUGAGAGAGCGCGCCAUAUUUAAGGUCCACAGUGACUUUGCGGCAGCGGCCACCCGCGGCGCCAUGGCGGUGAUCGACGGCAACGUGAUGGCCAUCAACCCCGGCGAGGAGACGCGCAUGCAGAUGUUCAUCUGGAACAACAUCUUCUUCAGCCUGGGCUUCGACGUGCGCGACCACUACCGCGAGCUGGGCGGCGACGCGGCGGCCCACGCCGCGCCCACCAACGACCUGAACGGCGUGCGCGCCUACGGCGCCGUGGACGUGGAGGGCCUGUACACGCUGGGCACGGUGGUGGUGGACUACCGCGGCUACCGCGUCACGGCACAGUCCAUCAUCCCCGGCAUCCUGGAGCGCGAGCAGGAGCAGAGCGUCAUCUACGGCUCCAUCGACUUCGGCAAGACGGUGGUGUCGCACCCCAAGUACCUGGAGCUGCUGGAGAAGACCAGCAGGCCGCUCAAAGUGCAGCGGCACCCCGUGCUCAACGAGAAAGAGGCUCCCGUCGAGCUGUGCUCGUCCGUUGAGUGCAAGGGCAUCAUCGGCAACGACGGACGCCACUACAUCCUGGACCUGCUGCGCACCUUCCCGCCCGACCUCAACUUCCUGCCGGUGGACGGCGAGGAGCUGCCCCCGGAGUGUCAGCGCCUGGCCUACCCACGGCAGCACCGCCACCGCCUGGCCUGCCUCCGACAGGAGCUCAUCGAGGCCUUUGUCGAGCACAGGUACCUCCUCUUCAUGAAGAUGGCAGCACUGCAGCUCAUGCAGCAGAAAGCCAACAAGGAGAACAAGGCCGCUGCCUUGACCGACGGCAGCAACGCAGAGCCCGAGGCCUCCCCCGCAGAUGGCCCUCAGUCCGCUCCCGCCUCCGAAGACCCCGCACCCGCCUCUGACGCACCCACCAAACCUGCAACGACCCCUUCCGAGGCCAGCCAGACCCCCGAGUCCCAGCCAGCAGAAGCAGAAACGACCGCAACAGUAACAACAACAACAACAACAACAGCAGCAGCCGAAGCCACAGAGCCGGCCGAGGCUCUGGCCCUGACCACCAACGGCACCCCUGAGCCCGAGGGCCCAGACGGCCAGGGCCGAGAGUGUGAGAGCCCUCUGGAGGACCCCAAAAGCCGCGAGGUCGUUCUCAACGCCUGCAAAGCCGUGGGCUCCAUCAGCGACACGUCAUUCGACAUCCGCUUCAACCCGGACAUCUUCUCCCCAGGCGUGCGUUUCCCUGAGAGCAGUGCCGAUGCCAUCCAGAAACAGAAGCAGCUGCUGAAGGAUGCGGCAGCGUUCCUGGUGUCCUGCCAGAUCCCCUCGCUGGUUAAAGACUGUUUAGACCACAGUGCUCUGCCUAUGGACGGAACCACACUGACCGAAGCUCUUCACCAGCGUGGCAUUAAUGUGCGCUACCUCGGCACCGUGCUGGACUUUGUGGACAAGACUCCUGCAAAAACACAACUCGAGUACUUCUAUAGAAUAGGAGUAAGUGAGUUGGUUACCAGGUGUGCAAAACAUAUCUUCAAAACAUACCUCCAGGGUGUGGAGCUCUCGGCUCUGUCCGCGGCUGUGAGCCACUUCCUCAACUGCUUCCUGAGCUCCUUCCCUGACGCCGUGGCCCAUCUGCCGGCCGACGAGCUGGUGUCCCGCCGGAAGAACCGCAAGCGUCGCAACCGAGUCCCAGGCGGAGGAGACAACACCGCCUGGGCCAGCCUCACGCCCGUGGAGCUGUGGAAGAACAUCGUCUCCGAAGCACAAACCUACUACCACUUCACACUGCAUUGUGAGAGUGUCGACCAGGCAGUGGAGAAGUACGGCCUCCAGAAGUCCACGCUGUUACGAGAGAUCUCCGUCAAAACGGGCAUCCAGAUCCUGAUUAAGGAGUACAACUUCGACAGCCGCCACAAGCCAGCCUUCACCGAGGAGGACAUCCUGAACAUCUUCCCUGUAGUCAAACACGUCAACCCUAAAGCCUCCGACGCCUUCCACUUCUUCCAGAGUGGACAGGCUAAGGUGCAACAAGGGUUCCUUAAAGAGGGCUGUGAGCUCAUCAACGAGGCCUUAAACCUCUUCAACAACGUGUACGGAGCCAUGCACGUGGAGAUUUGUGCCUGUCUGCGCCUGCUGGCUCGGCUCAACUACAUCAUGGGGGAUCACCCAGAGGCACUUAACAACCAACAGAAGGCUGUCUUGAUGAGUGAGAGAGUGCUUGGCAUUGAGCACCCUAACACAAUUCAAGAAUAUAUGCACUUGGCUCUUUACUGCUUUGCCAACGGCCAGCUGUCCACUGCCCUGAAGCUGCUGUAUCGUGCCCGCUACCUCAUGCUGGUGGUGUGUGGGGAGGACCAUCCCGAGAUGGCUCUGUUAGAUAGCAAUAUUGGCCUGGUGCUGCAUGGUGUAAUGGAGUAUGACUUGUCGCUGCGUUUCCUGGAGAACGCCUUGGCAAUUAACUCUAAAUACCACGGUCUCCGCUCCCUCAAAGUAGCACUCAGUCACCACCUUGUGGCGAGAGUAUACGAGAGUAAGGCGGAAUUCCGUUCUGCACUGCAGCAUGAGAAAGAGGGCUACACCAUAUAUAAGAACCAGGUGGGAGAAGCCCAUGAAAAGACGAAGGAGAGCUCCGAGUAUCUGAAGUACCUUACCCAACAAGCCGUGGCCCUCCAGAGAACCAUGAACGAGAUCUACAAGAAUGGUUCCAAUGCCAGUAUCAUGCCACUCAAAUUCACAGCUCCAAGUAUGGCCAGUGUGCUUGAGCAGCUGAACAUUAUCAAUGGCAUCAUCUUUAUUCCUCUGAGCCAAAAGGACCUGGAGAACCUAAAGGCCGAGGUCCAGAGGAGGCAGAUGCUUCAGGAGGCUAGCAAGAGCGAGGAGCCGUCGGAGGAAACUCCCAUGGAGCCAGAGGACCUGCCCGUGGACGAUUAACACCUCUCACCCCCUCCCGAAACGCACCCCCUCCACUGCCAGGGGCAGCCACGAUGCAACAGCCAUCUGCUUGAACCUAUGGACCUGAGAACUAAAGCUGUGUAAUUUAAACCAAGAGAAUGAGUGAUGGGAAGGGAGAAGGGGGAUUGGGGCCAGGGCAGGAAGUCAGGAAGCGUGUUGUUUUUAUUCUUUCGUUUCGUUUUUAUUCUUUUUUUUUUUUGUGCGGUGGGUAGGAGAAAAGGAGUGUGAGAGAAACAAAUACAUGGGGAAAGAAACCAGCGUUAAAAUGUGUGUGUGCAAUCCAAAUGACGGGCCCCUUGAAAGGGAGCGGAAAGUCAGUGUCACUCCGACUCUGCCAGCGUCUCAGUAGCGCCAACAAGGCCGGAGGUGACCAAGGACGACCAUGACAUUGUAUACCAGAGCCUUAUCCACUGAUCACCCACCCCUGCCCUUCCGAAUUCCUGUUUUGUCUGAGCCCAGGACCACUGUACACAACCCUACACCUCCACCCCCCCACCCCUUAACACCAACCAAAAUGUCACCCCCAGCACCACCUCCGAGAGCCACAGAGGGGCCAGGCCAUCCCAGUCAGUCGCCACAGUCACCACGUCCCUCUGCCCCCCUCCAACACAACUCAGCCUGGCCUAAAACUCAGGUGAUUUUUACUGUGCACUACACUGGGGAAAAAGAAAAACACAUACAAAUUUCAUAGAUUUCAAAACGAUGCGGGCUCCAGAAUGUAGACUUUUCUUGCCGAGGUCUUGCAGCAAGGCUGUACCAAUCAAGUUUUUUUUUUUUUUGGCCAAUCAUGUCCAAAAGUUAGUUGUGAUCCCAAGGCUGCUGUGUUUUUGGCUUGAACAGAUACAGCUUCACAGAUGCAUGUUCUCAUCCAAUCUUUGUAGACCGACAACACAUCUUUCUUGAAAAUGAAUGAUCUUUUUGUAUGAGUAACUAGGAAGGGAAAGAAGCCAUUUUAGAUCUGUCAUUUAUCAAUUAAUUUAAGACAUGUCCAUUUUAUAGAGAAAUAUACUGUAUGUGGAGAGAUGUAAAAAGUCUAUAUCUAUCAGUUUGGAUAGGUACUUGAUUCAUGUUGAUGGAAAUGCAGAUUUGAGACGUCCAGCUUGAAUUAGAAUUAUAAACGUGAUCUUAGUGUUGUUCAAUAACACCCGCUUUUUUCCACUAUGAUGGUGUGUGUGUGUGCUCGGUUGAGUGUGUUAUGUAUGUGUGUGUGUGCGUGUGCAUUUGUAAGUGUGUUUGUGUGCGCAUGUGUGGAGAGGGAUUCACCAGUGACCAGGCAAUGGGAAUAAUGCUACUGCUGAUGCAACAUUUCAUUAUUUCAUUGGGGAUGCCUCAACUUCCCAAAAGUUUAUUUUUUUAUACACAUUAAACACCAUUCGGUGGAUGAUAUUAGCUCAUAGCUCAGAACAAAUUGUUUGAUGUUUGGCCUUUGGCUUGAUUAUAACAACAAAACUGCUAACAACAGAGUGACUUCAAACUUCAAAUUGAUUUGAUGGAAUCAAUUCUACCAUCCCAGUCCUUUGACUGUUUGGCUUUUUGCAUUGAAGAUUUAGUCAUUUGACAUCUAGUCAAGACACCUACUACAUAUUCCUUAGCAGUAUUUAGUGCACUUUCUAAUGCUGUGUUGAACACAAUCAGCACCACCUGAAGUGGAUUGUGAGAUGGGCUGAUUUGAUGUUGUAUACCAAAAAAAAAAAAAAAAAUAGAAUGGCAGAAGUGUGUGUUGGCUUGUAUACAUGCACUGUGUUUCUCUCUGGGUAAUGUCUCAGUUGUGUUUUGUGUGUGGUAUGUGAUUGAAGCAAUACAGAUGCUGGACCUGGCCUACUCAUGCAGGUUUCUGCUGCACCUUGGUGACACUGAAGGAUUACCUGAUCUAUUAUUUUCCCAGAAAUAUAUGUGUAUUGAAAACCAUAGGCUAUGUCAGCAAGAAUGUCCAAGAGAACAGUUACAACAGUAAUUGAUCAUGCCAUGUCUUAUGGUGGAAAAAAACCCAUGUGGGACUAAUUUAAGCAAUGUGAGAUUUGUGCCUAUUUGCAGUCUGCUUCAAACCAGAGUGGUUCAGUUUUUUUCUUUGUUCUUGAAAAGGUAAAAGAGUUCCUCUUGGUUUGGAUUUACUGUGUUGAUUUUGUUAUUGCCUCAUCAUUCACCCUUUAUAUACAGUAUCUAUAUGGAAAUUAACCUUAUGAAGGGGAACAGAAUCGUACCUUCAUCCAGCAGCGUUGUUCACGAAUGUCUGUCUUCUCUUGCAGUACUAUUAGUCACCACAAGGCUGUGCACAAGAGGUUGUGCUUCCUUGCAAAAUUCAAGGUUACAAAUAAAAGACUUUAAUUAUGAAAAAGAAUUUUAGGAGGUAUUGUAAAACAUAUUGUACCAGUAAGUCGACUGUUUGUGCUAUUCCUGUCAACGUCUGACGUGAACUGAGCUUUGAGGAAGACGUUGAGAUGAAAUGAGCAAAGGUUCUGUCAAGAAUCUGUGAGAGGAAAAACGGCACAUUCACAAACCAAUCCGCUAGUCAGACAUGUGGCGUCUUGGGAUGCCCUUCAGUGAUUUCUCUUGUCAUUGAUCUUAGAAUUAAGGUGCUUUCAAAAUUAAAUGCAAAUCCUUUGCUGUGUUUCUCAAUUCUAUCAUUUCUUCUGAUUGUGUAUCUGUAUCUUUUAUCUAAUAGGCUGCAUUAUGGCCUAUAACAACUUGAUUGCAUGAAAAACAUGAUCUCAUUAUGUCUCUUAUGAGCCUGAUGGGGGUUUCAAGUACCCCGUAGUGGAACAUGUUUUACUUUUCGAGACAUUUUAAACCAACGAAAUAGUUGUUUCAUUUGAUAAAGUUAGGCCUAGUAAUAUUGAGCAUUUACAGAAAUGGUCAAUUGCAUUCACAGAUGAUAACAUUGUAUUUCAAUUGUGUAAAAACUAGUGUUGCUGAAUGUUUUAUAUUGUUAAAAAAAUAAAACGCAAGCACAGGUAGCCUAAAGUUUAGGCCUAGCCUCUCGUGGGCAUGAGUGAGUGUCAGUCAAGAAAGUGCACCGAACAACGCUGAUCAAUUGUGUUAAAAUGUCAUGCUGGGUUUACCGAAGUGGACCGCUGUCCUGUGCAUAUACUCUAAUUUCUCCAUAGAUAGAGACUGCCCAUUAUCAACAUAAGAGACUGAUUUGACUGAAUAGAUGUGAUACAACGCCUACUUAUGAAAACAACUGGCUUAUUAGCAUAAGACAGCAUACAUGCCCCUACACACCUGAAUGACAGCAGCAUACCGUCAUAAAACAGUGUCAGAAGUUUGUCUCCGUGUGCAAUGAAUGGGAUGACGCUGUAGGGCCAUAUACGGAGCUUGUCCACUACAAUAUCUGCUGCUGUCGAGCGCACACUGGUCAUACAAUAUUUCCUGUGUGGCUGAAUGAGUCUUUGUUUUGUACGCUAAUCAUUUGACAUUUUUCUGCCCCUGUAGUGUGCGUCUGCUUUCGUUUCGUUUGCUGUGUGGUUAUCUGUCUGUUGCUGUUUACAAAUAACAACCUAAUUAUUUUUGGUCUGAUUAUGCUUUUGUAUGAAAAGAAAUAAAAAACGAUUAGCAAAUUG